UCGCCUAUAUGUGUCCAAUACAGGGUCACCUAAAAACAUUAAUUAAUAACAAAAUUAGAGCAUAAAAAAAUCUACCAUAUCUACCAGAUUCCAAACAGAUGAUAACAUUACGAAAGAUAAUUAAUUGCACUUUAAAGUUUGGUUAACUAUUACGUGAAUCUAGUACUCAACAUUGCCUGUAUAGUAAAAAACAAUAUUAUUAUCAUGUUUCGUGAUAGUGUUUAUUACAUGUGAAACAAGAUAAUACAAUAUGAAUAUCGAUAAUACUAGCGAUGAUGACAAUGAUAACGGUAGACCAGCAACACCAUUAGAUGAAGAUUGUUGUCAUAAUGGAUGUAAUCCUUGUAUCUUCGAUAUACACGCAAAAUUAUUGGAAGAAUACGAAAAGAAAAAGAAAGAAAAUGUAAAAGUACAAAUCAGUAAAAAUAUGUUGUGCCAGUUUUCAUACAAAAUUUUCGUAAUAACAGACAUACAAGAAGCUGCAGAUACUUAUAUUUUACUUGCUCUAAGAUAUCAAGAAAGUGAUAAAAAAAACGAUGUAUGUUUAUUAAUUGAACCAGGACAACAUGUCAUGUUACAUUUACAAGAUGCGACUAGGCCAUUUACUCCGCUUUAUUACACAGAUGAUAGUAUACAAUUUUUAGUUAGGCUUUAUCAUAAUGGAAAAUUUAGUAUGUAUUUAGAACAUGCAAAAAUAGGUGAUGAAAUUCGUAUAAGAGGGCCAUAUGGAAAUUUCAAGUAUAAGCGUAACAGUUUUCAGAAUAUAAUUAUGUUUUGUAUGGGAUCUGGAAUAACUGCUAUGUAUCCUGUAAUAAAGUCAAUUAUAGAUAAUGAACUUGAAGAAACAAGGAUCCAUUUUGUAGGAUGUUAUCGAAAAGUAUCGCAGAUUCCUUUGAAAAAGGAAUUGCAAAUUUUCUCAGAUUAUUGGAAUUUCAAAUCUGUAUUAUAUAUAUCACAAUUGUUAAAUGAAGUUCGUAAUCUUCAUGGUAUAGACCUAAAAUCUGGCCGCUUAAAUGAAGAAUCAGUUUAUCAAAUUAUUAAAGAGGAUGUAAAUAGUACAAAAUUAGUUCUAAUAUGUGGUUCUCAAGAAUUCAAUAAUUCUGUUGAACAAUGGGCGAGAAAUACGAAUUGUAAUUGUAUACACGUAUUUAAAUAAUAAACUAUCAAACAAAAA